GUUAUGUACUUCUGGUCUUAUAUCAUGAGUGUGCGCCACUUUUAUACAUACCUCGUGUCCGAUGAACCAGCCCGUGUAAAAUUCAAGACGUCAGAGGUCGUAAAUCUUAGAGAGCGACUUAUAAGAUGGGGAAAGUCUUAUAAGAAGGCCUGUAACAGGAGCGAAUGGGAGAAGAAGAAUAAAGAUAAAGAAAGAUUGAUAAGUCCUAAAGUUGUAAACGAAUUUGAACGAAGUGAAGCAGCAAGGGACGCCAUCAAGCUACUGGGACUUCUCAAUGGAGCUCACACCAUCCAAAUCACACAAAGGGACUAUACCCUCGUCAGGAAUUUUCUUUUUGCUGAGCUAGAAAUCGAUAAUGGCCCUCGAGCUGGAGAAGUUGUAAAUAUGACMAUCCAGGAAUUUGAAAAAGCUGAAGUAGUUGAUGGUAGCUAUGUUGUUGAGGUUAUGGAUCACAAGACCGCACAUUGCAAUGGCCCUGCCAACCUUGUUCUUAGUAUGACCCUCCACAGCUGGCUUAAGAUUUACCUGCAAGAAGUGAGACCCAAAGUCUUUCAACCAGCGGAGAAAUGUGACAGGUUUUUKCUUUCAUGGAAUGGAAAGGGAAUGCAGUCGAAUCAAGUUUCAAAGUGCUUAAAGUCAGUAUGGCGAAAAGCCAAAAUGGAAAAAUCUGUCACCUCYAAUGACUUCAGGAAAGGAGCAGUAGGCGUUUGAGGGCAGCUUCUAUUCGAGUAAAUACGGUAUUGCCCAGCUUACAUAAAUACUGCUGGCUACGUAAUGUAAAGUCUGACAGUACAAGAACGAAUUCCAGCUAAAAAUACAUGUCUGAUGUUUAAUGACUUAURAACCAAUAAUGUAGAAUAGAUAUUAUCUAAAUGUUACAUUAUUGCUGUAAUUACCUUCACAUUUAGGGUGAUGAGUAMUAUUCACUCGUUCAGUAACACAAGCCAGCCAAGCAAGAUAAUUAUCGUWGAUUUGAGUGUUAAGUUUUUCUACUGCAGGCAAAGGAACAGGAUUAUUGUUCAGGGCUUCACAAAAGCUAUAUUUAGUCAGCGCUUCUCCAUGUGUAGUUAAGAUGUGCUUAUCCWAAGCACGUGUAGUAUAAAACUUUUUCUGACAUAUAACCCAAUGAGUUACAAGAGACA